GUCUGGAUCUGGCCGUGGCUGUCACCAACUCCAAACACACCUGCCCUUGUUCGCCAAACAUGCAAAUCCUUCCCAGUUCUGACCAUCCUGAAAACAACUCAUUUCCCACCAUCUCCCCUUGCAUCAAAAACAUUCUGGUCAGUCAAUCAAGGAAACAGAUAACAAAAAGCAAAAUCUCAACUAAUCUUUGUGGCUGAAGAAAGAGCUUAUUGUUUGCCUCCCUCUAAGCCCGCCUUGUAUCCUGCACUUCCCCAGUCCUCCUCACACCUUCUUCUCUUUAUUGCCAGGGAAAGAAAAUCCUGGUCUUUGGGCUGUUUUGUUUAGCAAAUGAGGGACAUGCAAAGCAAUAACCCCGGGCAUUUGUCAGAAGGAGAGAGGUGCCUCUGUGUCUUCCAGACACCCUUUAGGCACUGAGAGCAGCAGCCCAGAAAUACUAUGAUCAAGGGUGGAUUUAAGUAUGGGCACAGGAUGCAUCUUUCUCUUCCUAAUGACGACAGAGCCACGGGACACCUGCAGGAAGCAGAGCAUGGCAUUACACUGGAACUUAUGCUCAGGUUGUAUUAAGCUCCACAGAGUGGAAUCCCAGAGAAGGAAAACCCUGCAGUUUUCACAUUGUGUCAGCAAUGGUUAGGGAAGGCCUAAAAGGAACCGAGAAGAAGGACAGGGAAGAAUUAGGCUUCAUUUGGGUACAGGUUGUAUUGGGGGGGAGAAAAAGGUAAACUAAAACUUGCUGAGUCCAGUUUUUUCCCACCCCAGACUUGAGAGAAAGUCUCUUCAGUGAAAAAAGGAGAUAAGAGCAGAGUCCCUUGUCCUCACAGCAGGUCAUUCCCCCAGGGCCACACAGUGUAUGUGAUGGGGACACACCAGCAGUUUAGUUCCAGCCCAUCAGCAGGGCACACAAGGAGAAACCUGAAAGCAUUAGACAAUCUAUCUCCCAGAAAUAGCUGCACACACACAUAUCCUUGUGUAGGGCAAACAUUCCUGCUCACAAAGCAGAGAAUUUUUCCCACUUUUCCCCUGGAAUAACACAUCCAAACAGAAGCGAUGGCCAAAAAUAGCCACACCAAAAUUAUUCAAGGAUAAUAAAUCGAUCAGUCGCAUCUCAGCUGAAUGAGAGCCAAGAAAACACAUAUCCCAGCAGAGCUCUGACAAACCAUCUCACAACUAACAGUCACCACAGACACACACUGAUGUUAAGGCUGCAACCCUGAACUGAGACUUGAGAUCUGCCACAUGUUUCCUGUAUGACCUAGGGCAAGAGACAUGAGCUCUGGAUUUCUGAAGUUGUUCAGCUCACUAUGAGGCUCACAGAAAGCUUCACCUCAUCUGUGAGAGGAGGACAAUAAUUCCCCCUCUCUCCUUCAUUUCACUUGUUUAUUUCAACGGUAAGAUAGUCAGGAAUGGGACUGCCCCUCCUUAUCUUCUACAUACAGCACCUCCACAAUGAAGCCUUGAUCUCGGCUGGAACGCCCAAGUGCUACUAAUAACGAGUGAUAGGAACUUAAUUCAGCAAAGCAACCUAUUUCUCUAACUGGCUUAGAAAGAAAUCCUCCAAGCACAGCAAGACCCUUACAUUAAAACCACUAAACUGCCAAAUGAGAGGAGAAACAGGGCAAGCAGAGGAUAAAACAGAGAGGAUAAACCAGACACGAGCAGCGUUUUCACCAGUGAAUAACAUUCCAGAGAGAGAUACAGAGCUGGAUAUGGAUGCUACAAACAUCCUCCUUGAUAUCCUCAUUUUAAAGCUGUUGCUUUAAUACAAGCAUUUUUCAAUCUGGUCCUUGGGCUGAUUUUGACCUGUUGGCCCCAGGGUGAUCUGUGUUCACCAAACCAGAUGGACAGACAGGCAGAGAGCAAAGAGUCCCCAAGAAUGGGGAAAUCUGAGGCUGGGGAGGAGCUGAAUGUGCGCUGAGCUCAGCUUUGCUCCGAUAAGUUUAUCAAGCACUGCCGGCUGCUAACUGUCAGCCGGCAAAGUGGGCCUGUUAGGGAGGAGGAACAGCUCCCAGGGCAAGAUAGGACAGCCCAUGCCUUAUCAGAGUGCCUGAGCCAAAGAGGGAACUGGAGAGUGAGCACUUUCCAACCACUUCAUCUGAACAACAGACAGAUUGGCAGGAAAGGCCUGUCAGCCCUUCGCUUCUGCCACCCAGGCAUCAACAGGGAGCCCCCAUCCACGCAAAUAACCCUGCUCUGUCUCUGAAGAUCUGGGUUGCAGACGUGGAGAGUUUAGCAGAAAGCAUUACGGAUCUGUGGAGCUUCUUAUAUCUAGCGAUGCUGAUGGAGCCAUUCAAAGAGCUGGACGGUUCCGUGUGGAAAAUGGCUCCUCUGGUGAGAAUACAGACUACACUCCCGGCACAUGGCACAGAACGGACGUGCAUUUGGAAAACCCAGAGUAUCAUACAAGAUGGUAUUUCAAAUAUUUUUUAGGGAAAGUUCAUCAAAAUUACAUAGGUACUGAUGCAGAGAAGAACCCUUUCUUUCUGUCUGUUGUACUGUCUGACCAAAAUAAUCAGCGUGUUCCUCAAUACCAUGCAAUACUUUGGAGAAAAACUGGUACUCAGAAAAUAUGUCUCCCAUAUAGUCCCACAAAAACAUUAUCAGUGAAAUCUAUAUUAAGUGCUAUGAGUCUUGACAAAUUUGAGAAGAGCCCAAGGGAAAUCUUUCAUCCUGAGAUACAAAAGGAUUUACUGGUUCUUGAAGAGCAAGAGGGAUCUGUAAAUUUUAAAUUUGGAAUCCUUUAUGCUAAGGAUGGGCAGCUUACAGAUGAUGAAAUGUUCAGCAAUGAAAUGGGAAGUGAAAGCUUUCAGAGAUUUUUGCAUCUCUUGGGUGACACAGUUACUUUGAAAGGCUGGACAGGCUACAGAGGAGGACUGGACACUAAAAAUGAUACAACAGGAAUCUUUUCCAUCUAUACAGUUUUUCAAGGGCAUGAAAUCAUGUUCCAUGUUUCAACCAUGCUACCAUAUUCUAGAGAGAACAAGCAGCAGGUAGAAAGGAAGCGACACAUUGGGAACGACAUUGUCACUAUCGUGUUUCAGGAAGGCGAAGAGUCUUCUCCAGCAUUCAAGCCAUCCAUGAUUCGCUCUCAUUUUACACAUAUUUUUGCCUUAGUGAGAUACAAUAAGCAGAAUGAUAGUUACAGGCUGAAAAUAUUUUCAGAAGAAAGUGUUCCUCUCUUUGGGCCUCCCCUUCCAUCCCCACCUGUGUUUACAAAUCACCAGGAAUUCAGGGAUUUUUUGUUAGUGAAAUUAAUCAAUGGGGAAAAAGCCACCUUGGAAACCCCAACAUUUUCCCAGAAACGUCAGCGCACUCUGGACAUGCUGAUCCGCUCUUUAUACCAAGACCUGAUGCCUGAUCUACACAAGAACAUGCUCAACAGAAGAUCCUUCAGUGAUGUCCUACCAGAGUCACCAAAAUCAACACGGAAGAAAGAGGAAGCCCGGCAAGCAGAGUUUGUCCGACUUGGUCAGGCAUUGAAACUGAAAACCACUGUGAAAGGGGAUGCCACAGCUAACUUGGCAACCACAAGCUUUUGUAAAAAGGAGCCUUGGGAAUCUCAAUCUUUCUGCAGUAAUUUUCCUCAUGAGGUUGUCUGUGCAGAUUCUUGGGGCCAGUCCUUGCUGGUUUCUACAGAUGCUGGCAUCUUGUUAAUAGAUGAUGGUCAACCCUCAGUGCAAGUGUUUGAUAAAACUCUCCAAGUAAAGCAGAUGCAUGUGCUGGAAACUCUGGAUCUUUUGAUUGCUCGAACAGACAAAGGCAAAGACUCUCGUCUCCUUGUCUUCAGACUCAGUGCUGUCCAAAAGGAUAUAGAAACAAAGCAAAUCAUAAGAAGCAAAUACGACUGCAGAGAAAAUAAACUGGAGAGAACAAAAGGCUGCCAUUUGUAUGCCAUUAAUACUCACCAUGGCAGUGAACUGAGGAUUGUCGUGGCUAUUCGCAACAAACUACUUCUCGUCACAAAGAAAUACAAUCCAUGCAACAGUUUAACCAGCAGCUCUCUGCUGUCCUCAUCUGAAUCUCCAGUAGAGGAGUUCCAGUACAUCCGGGAAAUAUGCCUUUCUGACCCUCCCGUGGUUAUGACGCUGGUGGAUGGGCCUACUGGAGACAGUGACAAUAUGAUCUGUGUAGCGUAUCGGCAUCAGUUUGAUUUAGUUAAUGAGAGCACUGGGGAGUCCUACAGACUGCAUCACGUUGAAACAAACAAGGUUAAUUUUGUUGCAGCUAUUGAUGUAUAUGAAGAUGGUGAAGCUGGUCUACUGUUGUGUUACAACUAUGUUUGCCAGUACAGAAAGGUACAUCCUUUCAAUGGAGGUUCUCCACUAAUCCAGCCAUCAGCUUAUGACUUCCACUUCAGCUGGAAUCAAGUCCCUUAUGCUGUUGUCUGUGCUUUCCCUUAUAUCCUUGCCUUCACUACUGAUUCCAUUGAGAUCCGAUUAGUGGUGAAUGGGAACUUAGUCCACACAGCAGUUGUGCCUGAGCUUCAACUUGUAGCAUCAAAGUCAGAUAUUUAUUUUAAAGCUACUGCUGCAGUAAGUGGAUCAUCUGACAGCAGCUCCAAGGAAAUGAGUUCAAGGAGUUCUCCUCAAACACCGACAGCUUAUGAAAUGCCAGAAAGUCCUCUUUCUUCUCUAGAAGGUGAAAUUCCCUGCAAGAACUUAUACAAAAUUCCUCUCAGUAACCUGGUUGGGCGAAGCAUUGAACGACCUCUGAAGUCACCUUUGGCUCCCAAGGUCAUCACUACCACAACCUCCAGCAGCACUCCCUCUCUGCCCGUUACUCACUCACUCUCCUUAUCUCGUAUGGAAAUUAAAGAAAUUGCAAGCAGAACACGUAAAGAAUUGCUGGGCCUCCUGGAUGAGCCUAUACCCAAGACAGAAACUGCACCGAAGCAAAAAAAGGCUCCUCGAAGACAGUCAGACCCCAAGCAGGGAGCAGUAAGAUCAACCAGUAGUGACAGGAUAAUCUCAAGCUCUUUUGAAAGCUGUUCUGAAGGACGUCAUCUUUCCACUAGUUCAGAUCCGGAUACUUUAGCCAACAGGGAGGAGAGCUCACCAUCCAGCUGUCCCUUUCAGCCCAUUUCUUUAUAUGAUGAAGACAUCAUUGACUUGAAGUGAAGACAGUCUUAAACCUUUCUUCCUUACUUUACAUUUUCUUACAACUCUGUGAGCUCUGUGGGAAUGUCACAAACACUGCUUCUAGUGGUAAAAUGUGGCUGGAAGUAUUGGUGAUUAAUCUUUAUAGAACCCAUGUUGUUCUGGAUAGUUCAGCCUGAUUUGGUGAUGCUUAUAUCUUUGACAUAGGUAUGUUUUGUUUUCUCAGUUAACGACCCAUUACUUUUUGUGGAAUUCUAACAGUAGGUUAUCAAUGAGAGAUUUAGGCUGAAAAUGAAGUAAAUAAAAAGUAUUACUUGUUCUGAGCUUCUUGUAAUUUGAAGUACCUGAGUGACAAGAGCUAAGUUAAUCACUGUUAUUACUAUCUUGAGUUGUUUUACAACAGUGUAUGUCAUGUGGGAAGAGGAAUUUUAUGACAUAAAUCACUCCUUUUGGUUUUCAAGUCUUUAAAAAACCAACCAAACCAAAGGCUUGCAGGCAAGGUCUUUCCAACCAGUCACUCUGUCCUCCAAAUGGUGCAGCUGGGGUAUGUUCAGUGAAGAAUCAAGGAUGUUCUAUAAAGAUCAGGUAAGAUAUGAAGAUGCUGCUUCCUUUGCUCUGGCCUGUCCAUGCAUAUUUUUUAGAUAAACUUGAAAACUGUUUUGGAGUCAAGAAUCCUUGAACUGAGACUUUUUAUAGAAAACACAAACUCUCAAAAUAUUCUUUAAGAAUUGGAAGUUAAACAAAACAACAAAAAAAUACCCAACACCAAGCAAAAAACCCCAAACCAAGUGCAUUUCUCCAUCUCCUGCAACACUGCAGUAGCUGUUGCCUGCUCUUGCACCAACAGUGUAAGUCAUUAUUCCAGAUAAUCAGCUUUUUCUAACUGGAUCCAGAUGGAAAUUGCACUGCUAAGAAGCUAGUUUUCUAUGAUGAAAUAGUCAUCUUAAAGCUUUUGUUAGGUUAAAGGACAGGGUUUCAUUUUUAAAGCUUAUUAUUUUUCAACCCUUUCCUCUAUGCCAAUAAUUUUAUUUCAAACCAUAUUUUGAAAGGGUUUGCGUUUGUUUGGGGGGUUUUGUUUUGCUUGUUUUGUUCUUCCAUGAAAGAGUGAUGCUUCCAGGCUUUUAAUAGAUACAGAAAGAUUUUAGCUUUAGUAGCAAGUAUUUCUUGUUCUAUAUGUAGAAAUACUUCUGUAGCCUUGAUUUUAUUUUAUAAUACCAUUCCUGUGUCAUGAUUUCACUUUCUUUCCAAGCAUGCCCAUCUGGGGACGUGUGCCUUUUGCUUCAGUCUGUCUGAAUGUAAAACUCUUUUUGCAAAGUAUUUGUUGCCCAGAUUAUUGUGUACAAUGGUUUAACUGCUCCACCUAAGAAAAUACACAAUGCCUUACCUGAAAGGAUCAUUUCUUACUCUCAGCUGGAGUGGCCAAUAAGGAAAGAAGCAAUAUUUUAAGCAGUAACUAAUCUAGGAGCAGAAGCAGUAUUAACCAGUGGUUACUAUGAUUUUAGUAUUUUUGCACCCAUAAAUGUGUGGGGUGAACCUCAAUAAGCAUCUAAAGGGAAGUGCCAGCUCCAAGUCUUUGCAAGAGCUUGUAACUCUUUUUGAGAAUGUUAUAUCCAGAGCUUGUGUCUCAUCAGAUGCCCAUGAGUUCUGUGCCUCUUGGUGUGAUGAGUUGGCAUCCUCUGACCUAGCUUCUAGCCAUUGUUUCUCUCAAUAUACUGUCUUAAAUCCAUGCCAUUGACUGCUAAUUCCAAUUAAAGCCAACUGGUGGUA